CUCUGCAGCACAGUUCAUGGAUCUCGAAACGGUCGCAGGCGCCACUUUUCGAUCACAACCUCGACGCGACCGGAGAUGCUGAGAUGAGAUUUGGGAGGUCGAGAGCAGCAACCAUUCUCCGCUGCGGAUCUUAGGUUUUGCUCCAGAUCGAACCGCGUUUAGAUCUUUGUUCUUCCGGACUUUUGCUUCGUUUUGUCGCAUCGAUUCUUGUGAGUAGAAACCCAUCGAUGCAUCAUGCGGGUUCUCUGCCUCAGGCAGGGCGUGCUGGGUGUGCAGACGUUGUUAAUAGAAUCCGGGGAGUGCUUGGCGGGAGAGGGGAUUUUCGGGCUGUCAGGGAGAUGAACUACGGGAGCAGUUCGAUUUCUUCAGCUGCUAAGGCUUCUGCCAGGGCAUUUGAUUUCGGAAGGACCCAUGUGGUUCGACCCAAAGGAAGGCAUUUGGCCACUGUCGUGUGGCUUCAUGGCCUAGGUGAUAAUGGAGCAAGUUGGUCUCAACUCUUGGAAACCCUCCCCCUCCCAAAUAUUAAGUGGAUAUGCCCAACUGCCCCUACCAGGCCUGUAGCAAUUUUUGGUGGAUUUCCGUCAACUGCUUGGUUUGAUGUUCAUGAUCUAUCAGAGAAUGGUCCGGAUGAUGUUGAUGGAUUAGAUGCUUCAGCUGCUCAUGUUGCAAAUUUGCUAUCAACGGAGCCUGCUGAUAUCAAACUAGGUGUUGGUGGCUUUAGUAUGGGUUCUGCUACUGCUCUCUACUCCGCAACUUGCUGUGCCCAUGGAAAAUACGGAAAUGGCAAGUCAUACCCUGUAAAUCUAAGUGCAGUUGUUGGUCUAAGUGGUUGGCUUCCAUGUGCCAGGAACUUGAACAGCAAGCUGGAAGGUUCUCAAGAUGCCACAAGACGAGCAUCGUCUUUGCCUAUUUUGCUUUGCCAUGGAAAAGGAGAUGAUGUAGUGCAAUUCAAACAUGGAGAGAAAUCAGCUCAAGUUUUGAAAUCAACUGGCUUUGAGAAUGCUACUUUCAAAGCGUACAAUGGGCUCGGCCACUAUACCGUCCCCACGGAGAUGGAUGAUGUCUGCAAAUUCCUCACUGUGGCACUGGGUCUCCAUGGAUCGCGGCCUUAACCAAGAACAAUCUUAUCUUUUGAUGCUGGAUACUGGUGUUGGAGUGAGAGCAAUAAGUUGGUAUAGUCCGAUUGAAUAGUGCAUUACUAAUUUAUAUGUUUGGUUUUGGGGCUUCUUGUGGUAAUUGUAGCAGCUUGAUGACAGUUUUAAUCUCUGCUCAACGCAUCAAUAACCUACUCUUUUUGAGAUCAGUUACUUUUUGUGGAUUUAUGGAGUGGUUCAAAUCGUGCUCGUUCUAAUUCAACUAUUAUGUUUUGCAUUUGGUGUGCUUUAA